GCAUAGCGUGAAAGCUUCUAUUGGUUUGUCCCCCAUUCUCUCAUUAUUACUCGUUUGCCCGAUUCUGAACUUUGAUGAUGCAGACAAAGGUGUUCGGAUGUACAAAUCCUCGACGCUUGGCCAGAUCACAAAUGGUCGUACGACGCCUGUAUGGUGUGCCUCCCCGGAGCCCAUCGAGUUCGAGCAGCGCCGCUCGGGUGAAGCUGGGAGGUUCAGCUACGAGGAAAUUCGUCCCGAGGAUUCUGCUGAGAAGGAACGAGAGACAGCUACUGACCGGAUGAAUCUCUGGAUUCAGAACGUGGAGAGAGUCGUCGAGGAAAGCCGCCAGAACUUUGCAUUUGCAUCCACCAGCAUCACUCCACCCCCCGCGCUUCCUCUCGCACCACCCAUCUCACGCUCUAAUUCGCAGGUGCGCGGUGGCGUCAACACAUCGCGUUCGUCUUCGCGUCUCCCGCGGCGCGUGCUUGCUGCGAGUGAGAUUUUCUGUAAUGAUCCCAAUGUGCCACUCUCCCCUGGACGGUCGGCUCUUGCAGAUCAGAGUAACUCGUUUUCGGGGUAUAUGUCUCUUAAUGACUCUGGGUUCCCGCAGCGUGUUGUUGUGCCUACCAUCAACAUACUUACUCAGACCCCCCGCCGCCCGCGUCGCGCUACAAUCUCGACGCGCUCGCCGAAGGCCGCUGACGAGAAUGACAUGGAUACCUUGGCCUCGCCGUCGAAGAGAAGGGAAAAGUCGCGGUCUCAUGGAAAUUUGGACAGGCAUAUUAGGCCUUUGGAUAAAUUGGAGUUUGAUCUUACCAGAGAAGCAGUAGCAACGCCUACACCCCGGUUGUCCGCCAUCCUGGACCGCAAUCUCUUCAUCGCGCCUCCUAUCUUGCGACAGUCGAGUGAUAUGGACGGGACUGGGAUGCAAACUCCUAACCCGAUCAGACGGCGGUCGAUUCUGUUCGAUGAUGGCGAUCUUACCGCGUCUCCUUUCCAUGUCGAGCCUUACCCACCGCGCAAGUCUGGGGAGCAGAUAGUCAUCAAUUCGCCAGACCGCCGUCGUGUAGAGGGUGUAUACGACCGCUUCCUGAUGUCUACCACAGGUGUCAAGCGUGUCGGAAAGGGAUACCAAUCCGACAACCUCAAACCUGCUCACAACACCUCCACUUUGGAGUAUAAGCCGACAAACAGCCACCCGCGCAACUUCAAGGUGUUUAACUCGGCUCGGCGGGCGAUGCCUCAGCCAGUGUCUAGUGAUGACGUGUGGCGCAAUCCCUCUGUAGAUGAGCUGGGUUUCGUGUCCUGCAGUGCAGGCGCGUCACGCUCGUCAAAAGAGGAGAGCAGGAACACUGCUACUGCUACGCUCGUUCGUCGCGCGAUCAAGGCGAUAGUGCCUGGAAGGACGGUCUCGAGAGGAAUGUCCCGCACUAUUGUUGCUUGAUUCUGAUAAGCAAAUUCAUUAUUCUUUUGAUUUUUUUUUUCCACUUCCACUUCCACUUGCUCAUUGCUCAUUCAUCAUUUACACUCGCAUCACUUACUUGGUUUUGGUUAUAAUAUUUCGGUGCACAUGGUUGCUGUUUUCUCUGUCGCUAUGAUUGGUCGUAUUCCCGUCCCCUCCUUUGGAGCAUACAUACCCUGCUCGUCAUCAAGUUUCAUCAUUCACUUGCUAUUAUCUAUUGCUAUUGUCAUCCCAACAUUUGUCCUUCACAUUAUCAACACCUUCAUCCCCCUCACGCUCACGCUACUUGCACGAUAUCACGCAUUUCAUCAUGUCUUGGUUAUUGCCUUUUAUGCUGUCACUUCACGUCUCACGUCUCGCAACGCUGUCGCCGUAUUUUUUCCAUGACGCUUCGAAGUGUUGCCCUCAUG